CGCGCACCCCGAGACCCGAACGCAGACGCGCCGGACGCUAGUCUUCCCCGCCGGCCCUGCUGACCCGAGCAAGAUGGCCAACGUGAGCUCCGCCAGCCGCCCGCACUACGGCUCCUCCAUCCCAGUGCCCCGAGCCGCCUCCCAGACCCGGACCCACACCCCAGGCGCCUCGCCCCAGCUGCGGCCGCGCCAGGCCGGCCUGGCCCUGAGCCCACAGCGAGCGGCCUCCCCGCAGCCGGGCAAGGCCGCGGGUCCACCCGGGGGCUCCUCCCCGAAGGCCUCCCAGGGCAGAGGCUCCCCGAAGCCCACUGGGGCGGCCAGAGAGUCGGCCGAGGGCACCGACAGCCUCCCUGGUUCCCCGUGGGGCAGCCCCCGGAUGCCCCCCAGAGCAGCCCUGUCCGGCCGGGCAGGGCCCAGAGGAGCCGGACAGACACAGGGCUCGAAGGGAAGGAAGAAGAUGGCCCGGGAAGGGAUUCCCGUCCGCCAGGCCCGGGGCAGGAGCCCAGCCCGGACGAGUUCCCGUGGAGAGCCCCAAACGCCGGGGGCUGCGGAAGGCCCAAAGCCUCCCACCUGCCCAGGAAAAGACCAGAGCGACAGAAACCACAAGAGUUCCGGGGCCCCCAGGUCUUCGGAGCCCGAGGCCGGGGCAGCUCCGGGGGCCCCGUCCCCAGCCUGCAGCCCCGAGCAGCGCCGCCGCCCCACGCCGGCCCUGGGGGCCAUCAGCUUCUCCUCCGUCCAUCAGCAGGGUCAGCCCGUCACGGCCACCGUGGCGCCCUUCCAGUACCGGUUGCAGACGGACCUCGAACCCGGGCCCCUGCCCCAGGGCGGCUGGGCCUUGGAUGGCUACUGCACGCCCCCCAGCAGGGCUGAGGACGGCUUCUCCGGCGUGGACGCGCGGAUCGUCCAUGCGCUCCUCGCGGGCAGAAUGCUGGGCGGCAGCGUCCAGAGCGCGCAGCCUGAGGUGGAGCUGAGCGGCUGCGGCGACGGGGGCGCGGACGAGCCCCGGGCCGCGGGGAGGAAGGCGGCGGCGGACGGCAGAGGCAUGCUACCCAAGCGCGCCAAGGCGCCCGGCGGCGGCAGCGGCGGCGGCGGCGGCAUGGCCAAGGCCAGCGCGGCGGAGCUGAAGGUCUUCAAGUCCGGCAGCGUGGACGGCCGAGUGCCCGGCGGGCCGCCUGCCUCCAACCUGCGCAAGCAGAAGUCGCUCACCAACCUGUCGUUCCUCACGGACUCGGAGAAGAAGCUGCAACUCUAUGAGCCCGAGUGGAGCGACGACAUGGCCAAGGCGCCCAAGGGCUUGGGCAAGGCGGGGUCCAAGGGCCGCGAGGGCCCGCUGAUGUCCAAGACGCUGUCCAAGUCGGAGCACUCGCUCUUCCAGGCCAAGGGCGGCCCCGCGGGCGGCGCCAAGACCCCCCUGGCUCCGCUGGCACCCAGCCUGGGAAAGCCCAGCCGGAUCCCGCGCGGCCCCUACGCCGAGGUCAAGCCGCUCAGCAAGGCUCCGGAGGCGGCUGUCAGCGACGAUGGCAAGUCGGAUGACGAGCUGCUCUCCAGCAAGGCCAAGGCGCAGAAGGGCUCGGGGCCGGCGCCCCCCGCCAAGGGCCAGGAAGAGCGCGCCUUCCUCAAGGUGGACCCCGAGCUCGUGGUGACGGUGCUGGGGGACCUAGAGCAGCUGCUCUUCAGCCAGAUGCUGGACCCGGAGUCCCAGCGGAAGAGGACGGUGCAGAACGUGCUAGACCUUCGGCAGAACCUGGAGGAGACCAUGUCCAGCCUGAGGGGGUCCCAGGUGACUCACAGCUCCCUGGAGAUGACCUGCUACGACAGCGACGACGCCAACCCGCGCAGCGUGUCCAGCCUCUCCAACCGCUCCUCCCCUCUGUCCUGGCGCUACGGCCAGGCCAGCCCGCGGCUGCAGGCGGGCGACGCGCCCUCGGUGGGCGGGAGCUGCCGCUCGGAGGGGCCGCCCGCCUGGCUGGCGCACGGGGAGCGGGCCCGCUACUCGCACACCAUGCCCAUGCGCAGCCCCAGCAAGCUCGGCCACAUCUCCCGCCUGGACGCCGACGACGCGGACCUCAAGUCCGGCUACAUGAGCGACAGCGACCUCAUGGGCAAGACCAUGACGGAGGACGACGACAUCACCACCGGCUGGGAUGAGAGCAGCUCCAUCAGCAGCGGGCUCAGCGACGCCUCCGACAACCUCAGCUCGGAGGAGUUCAACGCCAGCUCCUCUCUCAACUCCCUCCCGACGACGCCCACCGCCUCUCGCCGGAACUCCACCAUAGUGCUGCGCACGGACUCGGAGAAGCGCUCCCUGGCGGAGAGCGGGCUGAGCUGGUUCAGCGAGUCGGAGGAGAAGGCGCCCAAGCGGAUGGACUACGACAGCGGCAGCCUGAAGACAGAGCCCGGCGGCUCCAAGUGGCGCAGGGAGCGGCCCGGGAGCUGCGACGACGCCUCCACGGUGGCGGAGCUGAAGAAGCCCAUCAGCCUGGGCCACCCCGGGUCCCUGAAGAAGGGCAAGACCCCGCCCGUGGCUGUGACGUCGCCCAUCACCCACACGGCCCAGAGCGCCCUCAAGGUGGCAGGCAAACCCGAAGGCAAGGCCGCAGACAAGGGCAAGCUGGCGGUGAGGAACGCGGGGCUGCAGCGCUCCUCCUCCGACGCCGGCCGCGACCGCCUGGGCGACGCCAAGAAGCCGCCCUCGGGCAUCGCCCGCCCCUCCACGGCGGGGUCUUUCGGCUACAAGAAGGCCCCCCCUGCCACGGGCACAGCCACCGUCAUGCAGACCGGGGGCUCCGCCACGCUCAGCAAGAUCCAGAAGUCCUCGGGCAUCCCCGUGAAGCCGGUAAACGGGCGCAAGACCAGCCUGGACGUGUCCAACGGCCCGGAGCCCGGGUUCCUGGCCCCCGGGGCCCGUUCCAACAUCCAGUACCGCAGCCUGCCCCGGCCAUCCAAGUCCAGCUCCAUGAGCGUGACCGGGGGGCGGGCCGGGCCGCGCCCCGUGAGCAGCAGCAUCGACCCCAGCCUGCUGAGCGCCAAGCAGGCCGGCCUCACGCCCUCCAGGCUGAAGGAGCCGUCCAAGGUGGCCGGCGGGCGGGCUGCGCCGGCCCCUGUCAAUCAGACCGAUCGGGAAAAGGAGAAGGCCAAGGCCAAGGCGGUCGCCAUGGACGCAGACAACAUCUCCCUGAAGAGCGUCGGCUCCCCAGAGAGCACCCCCAAGAGCCAGGCGGGCCACCCGCCAGCCAGCAAGCUGGCCGAGCUGCCGCCGACCCCUGCCAGGGCCGCGGCGAAGACCUUUGUCAAGCCGCCCUCCCUGGCCAACCUAGACAAGGUCAACUCCAACAGCCUGGACCUGCCGUCGUCCAGCGACGCCCACGCCCCGAAGGGCCCAGACCUGCACGCCGCCGGCCCCGCGGCCGGCGGCCCCCUCUCCUCCUGCUUCGCCCCCAGCCCGGCCCCCGUCCUCAACAUCAACUCCGCCAGCUUCUCCCAGGGCCUGGAGCUCAUGAGCGCGUUCGCCGUCGCCAAGGAGCCCCGCAUGUACCCCAAGCUCUCGGGCCUGCACAGGAGCAUGGAGUCGCUCCAGGUGCCCAUGAGUCUGCCCAGUUCCUUCCCCGGCAGCGCCCCCGUCCCCCCGCCGCCGGCCGCGCCCCCCGAGGAAGACGCAGAGGAGCUGGCCUGGAGCGGGAGCCCCCGGGCCGGGCAGUCGGACGGUAACCAGCGGGACCGGAACACGCUGCCCAAGAAAGGGCUCAGGUACCAGCUUCCGCCCCAGGAGGAGGCCAGGGACAGGCGGUACUCCCACUCCAUCGGCGGGCUGCCCGAAUCCGACGACCAGGCAGAGCUGCCGUCCCCGCCUGCGCUCUCUGUGUCCUUGAGUGCGAAGGGCCAGCUCACCAACAUAGUGCACGGCUCAGUGCUGUCCUUGGCCUCCAGCGCGUCCUCCACCUACUCCUCAGCGGAGGAGAGGAUGCAGUCUGAGCAAAUCCGCAAGCUUCGCCGGGAACUGGAGUCAUCGCAGGAGAAAGUGGCCACCCUGACGUCCCAGCUGUCUGCCAACGCGAACCUGGUGGCGGCUUUCGAGCAGAGCCUGGUGAACAUGACGUCCCGCCUGCGGCACCUGGCGGAGACCGCGGAGGAGAAGGACACCGAGUUGCUGGAUUUGCGGGAAACCAUAGACUUCCUGAAGAAGAAGAACUCUGAGGCCCAGGCGGUUAUUCAGGGAGCGCUUAAUGCCUCGGAAUCCUCACCCAAAGAGCUCCGGAUCAAGAGGCAGAACUCCUCCGACAGCAUCUCAAGCCUGAACAGCAUCACCAGCCACUCCAGCGUCGGCAGCAGCAAGGACGCGGACGCCAAGAAGAAGAAGAAGAAGAGCUGGGUCUAUGAGCUCCGAAGCUCCUUCAACAAAGCCUUCAGCAUAAAAAAGGGACCCAAGUCGGCGUCCUCGUACUCGGACAUCGAGGAGAUCGCCACCCCCGACUCCUCGGCCCCGUCGUCCCCCAAGCUGCAGCACGGCGGGUCCGCGGAGACCGCCUCGCCCGCUGGCAAGCCCUCCCACUCGCCCUCCGUGGGCAUCGACGCCCCCGAGGCCCCCGCGCCCCCGGCCCCCCACACGCGGCUGUUCCCCACCAGCGAGGAGGAGGGGCCGGAGAAGAAGGAGGUGUCGGAGCUGCGGUCGGAGCUGUGGGAGAAGGAGAUGAAGCUGACGGACAUCCGCCUGGAGGCGCUGAACUCCGCCCACCAGCUGGACCAGCUCCGGGAGACGAUGCACAACAUGCAGCUGGAGGUGGACCUGCUCAAGGCGGAGAACGACCGGCUGAAGGUCGCCCCCGGCCCCCCGUCGGGCUCUGCUCCAGGGCAGGUCCCUGGGCCGUCGGCGCUGGCCUCCCCUCGCCGCUCGCUGGGCCUGGCGCUCACCCACUCCUUCAGCCCGAGCCUCACAGACACAGACCCGUCACCCAUGGAUGGCAUCAGCAGCGGCCCCAAGGAGGAGGCCACCCUCCGGGUGGUGGUGAGGAUGCCGCCGCAGCACAUCAUCCGCGGGGACUUGAAGCAGCAGGAGUUCUUCCUGGGGUGCAGCAAGGUCAGCGGGAAGCUCGACUGGAAGAUGCUGGACGAAGCUGUGUUUCAGGUGUUUAAGGACUAUAUUUCCAAGAUGGACCCAGCCUCGACCCUGGGGCUCAGCACUGAGUCCAUCCACGGCUACAGCAUCAGCCACGUGAAACGGGUGUUGGACGCGGAGCCCCCAGAGAUGCCCCCGUGCCGCCGCGGCGUCACGAACGUAUCCGUCUCCCUCAAAGGUCUGAAGGAGAAGUGCGUGGACAGCCUGGUGUUCGAGACGCUGAUCCCCAAGCCCAUGAUGCAGCAUUACAUCAGCCUCCUGCUCAAGCACCGGCGCCUGGUCCUCUCGGGCCCCAGCGGCACGGGCAAGACCUACCUGACCAACCGGCUGGCCGAGUACCUGGUGGAGCGCUCUGGCCGCGAGGUCACCGAGGGCAUCGUCAGCACCUUCAACAUGCACCAGCAGUCCUGCAAGGACUUGCAGCUGUACCUCUCCAACCUGGCCAACCAGCUCGACCGGGACACGGGGGUCGGGGACGUCCCCCUGGUGAUCCUGCUGGACGACCUGAGUGAGGCCGGCUCCAUCAGUGAGCUGGUCAACGGGGCCCUCACCUGCAAGUACCACAAGUGUCCCUACAUCAUAGGGACCACGAAUCAGCCUGUGAAGAUGACACCCAACCACGGUUUGCAUCUGAGCUUCAGGAUGCUGACCUUCUCCAACAACGUGGAGCCGGCCAACGGCUUCCUGGUUCGCUACCUGAGGAGGAAGCUGCUGGAGUCAGACAGCGACGUCAACGCCAACAAGGAGGAGCUGCUGCGGGUGCUGGACUGGGUGCCCAAGCUGUGGUACCACCUGCACACCUUCCUGGAGAAGCACAGCACCUCGGACUUCCUCAUCGGCCCUUGCUUCUUCCUGUCCUGCCCCAUCGGCAUCGAGGACUUCCGGACCUGGUUCAUAGACCUGUGGAACAACUCCAUCAUCCCCUACCUGCAGGAGGGGGCCAAGGACGGGGUCAAGGUGCACGGGCAGAAGGCCGCGUGGGAGGACCCCGUGGAGUGGGUCCGGGACACACUGCCCUGGCCGUCAGCCCAGCAGGACCAGUCGAAGCUGUACCACCUGCCUCCGCCCCCCGUGGGUCCCCACAGCAUCGCCUCGCCUCCCGAGGACAGGACGGUCAAAGACUGCACCCCGAGUUCUCUGGAGUCGGACCCCCUGAUGGCCAUGCUGCUGAAGCUUCAGGAGGCUGCCAAUUACAUCGAGUCUCCGGAUCGGGAAACCAUCCUGGACCCCAACCUCCAGGCGACGCUCUGA